ACUGCGAAUAAUUAUUAUAAAGUACAGUAAUAGAAAAGUACAGGGUACACAGUUUUAAAUAUACACUUCUGAAAGCUUUUGAGAUUUGUAUAGUAUAGACCCGUUUCCAAGGUAACCACAGUAGUACGUCACAUGGAUUACUACAAUUGACUACAAUGAAGGUUGUAGCAACAGUUCAUUCCUUCAUUCAUGUAUGAAAAACGAGCAUUUUCAGUGUGAAACAUUAAAUCGUUCAAUAAUUCAAAAAAAGUAUUACUAUCCUUGUGAAUACUUUAUUAGUUAGUACGUCACAUAUUUCAGUGAAUACUUUUAUUAUUACAAAUAUGCUCACAGAUAUCACAUUGCAUUUUUCAUUACCCAAGGUAUAACCUACAUCAUUAAAAAUAAUGAGAAUUAAUUUUAGUGAUGGAGGAAGAUGGUGGUAAAAGAAUGAGAGGCAGAACUCGUGGUAGAGCUCGUGGUAGAGCUCGAGGACGUGCAAGGGGUAGAUCUAAGAAACAGGUUAAGGUUAUCGAAAGUGACGAAGAAGAUACUCCUCAACAAGUCGAAGAAACUCCGACAGAAGGAGUUGGACCUGAAUUAGAAGAACAUGAAGCUCCACCAACACAACAGCCUCCUUUGGAGCAGCAAUUUGAUUUGGAGGCUGAUAUAUCACAGUUGGAAGCUCCAACUUUUACAACAAUUAACAGAGGCCCUCCUGAACCAAUGUUACGUUUAAGAUGGGACCAUAGAGUUAAUCUCAUUGGAGAAAAAGUUUUGAAUCCUAUGAUACAUUGUUGUGAUAAAUGUUUAAAACCAAUUCUCAUUUAUGGACGUAUGAUACCUUGUAAGCAUGUGUUUUGCUUAUCUUGUGCCAAAAGAGAAGAUAAAGUUUGUCCUCGUUGCAUGGAAAAAGUUUCUCGAGUUGAACAAACUGGCUUGGGUACUGUAUUUAUGUGCACACAUGGAGGAACUAGAUAUGGAAAUGCAGGUUGCAGAAGAACAUAUCUUAGUCAAAGAGAUUUGCAGGCUCACAUCAAUCAUCGACAUAUAUCGGCUCCACCGCAACAAGUUCAGGGAAUGCAAGUUGAGCCCUCUCAAUAUGUGCAUAAAUCGGAUAUAGAGUCACAGUUAAAUAAAGUUUCAUCAGUUGCGAUGCAAAAUCCUCGCAUAAAAUCAGUGCAAUCGCAUAUGGUUCAACCCAUAAUGGGAAAUGAUCCCAGAGUGAACUCAAUGGUCAAUCAACCUCCGGUAGAACACAGACAGCAUAGGCCGCAGGCAUUAAUUUCGAUGCAAAAUUAUACUCAAAACUCCGCGCCGCCACCACCAAAUAAUGCUCCAUUAAGGACAAAUCUUAUAACUGUACCGAUUCAAGAUACAGCUAUAACCACACAUGACAUACAUACACAGCAGAGUCAUCAUUAUUAUCCUGCUCCACCGCCUCAAGUUAAUUAUGGAGGAUAUAAUGUGCCACCGCCAGUUUCUCAAACACAACAAUAUUAUCCACAACCACAACAUCCCGCUCAAGUAUCUUACGUGCCACCACCUCCACCACAGCAGCAACAGUAUGUAUCUUCAACACCAACUUCCAUAAGGCCAUCUCCGACGACAUAUAUACAAGAUCCGUCGUAUGGUCCACCACCUCCUCAACAACAAGCUCCACCACCACAAACUCAAUGGUCACAACAUCAGCAACAAUUUUAUAGGUAAAAAUAAUGCUAUUACCAUUACAAAUUUAUGUGGGUAUCGGUUGUGAUGAAAUUAUAGAGCAGGAACGAUGCGCGUUAAAAAAUGGUCAUCAUGUCAUUUUUGCAAAUGCGUUGUCCAUUAUUAGAGAAUAUCAAAUUUAAAAUAUUUUAUACUUUUUAAGGACUAUAAUUACUGUUCUCAGCGGUUAAACUUAUACAAUACUAUAGCAAUAAAGUUGAUUUAAUUAUA